AUGUCUUCCGACAGUCACGACAAGCUUCCUCAUACAGAGAUAGUCCUUUCGUCCGCUUCAGACGUCGAGAAGACGGCGGAUUCAAGCGUGAACCCGAGCCAAGUACUCCGCAAGCUUGAUCUCAGGCUGCUUCCGUUCGUCUGUUUUCUCUUCGUCCUGAGCUUUUUGGACCGCACGAACAUCGGAAAUGCGAAGGUGGCUGGUCUCACGGCCGAUCUACAUCUGGCGGGAUGGCAGUAUAGUCUCGCCUCGGCGAUAUUCUUUGCCACGUCCAGUCUGUUUGAAGUCCCUUCAAACAUCAUGCUUAAGGUCAUGUCUCCCUCGAAAUGGAUACCGACCACCAUGUUCUUCUGGGGCUGCAUUGUGCUGUCGACGGCGUUCGUCAAGAACUUCGGCGGACUCGUUACUGCUCGAGUGUUCCUCGGAGUGACGGAGGCGGGUCUCUUUCCUGGGGUGACAUUCUAUCUGUGCACAUGGUAUCCGAAGGCGGAACAGGCGAAGAGAAUUGCCAUCUUCGCAAGCUCAUCUUCUGUGGCAGGUGCAUUUGGAGGUCUGCUGGCAUUCGCAAUCGAGAAGAUGGGCGGAAUAGGAGGAUUGGCUGGAUGGUCAUGGAUUUUUCUGUUAGAAGGAUUGCUGACUAUUACGGUCGCGGGACUCGCGUAUUUCGUCAUGUAUGAUUACCCUGAGACAGCCACGUUCCUUACGGAGCGUGAGCGCGCUUGGUUGGUCCACACACUGAAGACCGACAACACGGGCCUAUCCAAGGAUCUCAAGUGGCCCUUCCUUGUGCAAGCACUGCGAGAUCCCCACUCUUAUCUUAUGAUCAGCCUUCUGUUCUUCAUAUUCAUCCCCGCCUACUCUUCCGCCCUCUUCCUCCCCAUGAUCAUCUCCGGUCUCGGCUUCUCCGCCUCGCACGCGCAGCUCCUCACCAUUCCGCCAAACCUCUGCGCGGUGCUCACCACCAUCCUCGCAGGCGCGCUCUCCGAUCGCUUCCGCGUCCGCGGCCCUGUCAUACUCGCCGGCACGCUCCUCGCACUCGUUGGGUACGCGAUCUUGUAUGGGACGUCGUCCUCGGGCGCGGGGUACGCGGGCACCAUCAUCGCGACGAGCGCGAUAUUCCCGUGCACGCCAUGCACGCUGGCAUGGACGGGUGCAAACAUUGGGGGCGAGAUGAAGCGCGGGGUCGUGAUCGCGAUGGUCAUCGGGUGUGGAAACUUGGCCGGUAUCGUGUCUUCGUUCAUCUACCGUCCUCAAGACAGUCCGUGGUACCACCUCGGGCACGGGAUCAACAUCACGUGUCUCUGCGUCGUGUAA